GGGCGUCGCGCGCCUAGGACGGCCCGGCGGAGCGGGGAGUCUCGCGCCCAACGGCGGCGCGGGGAGGGGCGGGUUCCUCGUCCCGACGCCGCGUGUCCCCGCCUGUCCCCUGCAGGCCCGAGCCAUGAGGAGCACGCGCAACGAGCCGCCCGGGCCUCCCGCCCGCCACGCGCCCUGCGAAUGGUACUGCCAUGUACCAUUGAAACCAUCAGAGAAGUCAGAAAUCCCACUCCCUCCAAAAUCCCAGAUCCCAGGAUUGGGUGACUUCAUGGAGCCAUCCAGUGAAAUUACAUUUGGGGGCCGCAGAAAAUGGAUAAAAGACACUGACUCAGAAUAUGUGAAGCUGGCAAAGCAAGGAGGACAACCUGAUUUGUUGAAAUAUUAUCCACCUACUACAAGAAAGUCAUCCCCAGUAGUUUAUGCGCUACCUGACUGGUACACACACCACACUAAAACACCAGUAACUGAUGAAUCUAAAACCUAUGUCUCCUCAAUGCCAGACUACAUGGUUCAUGAAGAGUUUAAGUCUGAUCAACAAAAUAGUAACUAUGAAACAAAACAAGGGCCUUUUGAUUUUGAUGUGAAAAGUGUUUGGCAGAGGGAUGCUGAGGAUAAGGAGAACAAAGAGAAAAAAAAGGUAAAGCUUCCUGCUAUAAAACCUAAGUACCCCAACAGAAUGCAGAAUGUUCCUACAAAUAAGGAAUUCCAUGAAGGAAAUAGGCUUUACUUUCCACCUAUGCCUGUUCAGAAAAACAGUGAACCAGUAAACUUCAGUAAACUGAUCAGUAAUGGUUACAGCAGUGACCAGAUUCAGCAACAUGGUGAAGGGGAGAAAAAGGGUCAGCAAACACCAAAAAAUAACGGGCAAGCUGAAGAAUUGAAAAAUCAACCAAAUGAGAGAGAGAAAGGAAGGACAGGCAUAAUAUGAAAAAAGAUGAACAUUCUAUUCAGACACAUUCCAGCCCGAAUCAACUCCCACGCAGGACAAGUGAAAGUUGCACCUUCAGGGAUGUAAUAAAUAUGAACACUUAGAGAGCAUCAAGAAGAGUAAAGCUUGAGAUGGCUUAUGAAACAAGUGUCUAUAUUUAUAAGCUAAUGUUUGUUUCGUUGCAGGUAUCUAACCAUUGUAGCAAAAUUUAUCCCUUGUGUUUAGCUUAUAGGUUUAUACCACAGAUGCAUUUGGUUUGGCACUUCACUUCAGCAAAUGUUAAAGUGCAUAGGUCAUAGCUACCUCAGUUAUAUUUAAGUCUGGUUUAAUGUAGAUUUAGCAUACGACAUUGAAGAUUUUAUCAUCAAAUGUACCACUAGACUAGUACUGCUUUGUUGCCAUUGUUUUAACUUGCUGAAAGGACUUGGUUGCACGCAAAUACCAUUCCAAUAUAAUUCAAGAAAUACAACCCCUUAAUGUGUACACGGUUAUACUGGUAUAGCAUAUUCCCAUAACGGAUGAUGCUUGGUAGCUAUGCUGUACAGGUAUAACAAUGUUUACAUUAGGGAUUGUUCUGUGUAGCUAUUUAAGGGAGGUGGGGGGACACAUUCCUUACUGAAAAGCUACACUAUUAAAAAAAACCGUGCUUGGACCAGAUGUAGGACUUUUUUUUAAGAGUCCUGCAAAACUAUACCUGCUGUAUAAGAACUUGCUGAUCAGUAGCACUUUUGUAGGGAGAAGACUUAAUCAGCAAAUUCUUUAGAAAACUA